AGGUGCAAGUGAACUGAUGGAUGACUCCAUGUAGCACCGGCAUCCGAACAGACAGGGACAGACCAGACAAAGCCAGAGGGUUCGGAGGAAGCCUGUUAGAGAAAAUGAUCAGUCUCUGAGCGAGGCGAGGCGAGGCGGGGCGGGCAGAGGAGGAGGAGGAGGGGGGUCACCCGAUACCAUCUCCUUCACAGCGGCUGACCGGGAGAUGCUCACUGCUGUCCGGGUGACUUUCCGAGCGAGUCAGAAUCAAUUAAACCAGCUGCGUGUUUUCAGCUCUCAUUUCCCGGACGCUUCUCCUGAACCCCCCCACAAAAAGCACCGCGCGUCAUGACUGAGUCUCCUGCUGUUUCUGCUGUUUCAAGAAAAGUCAACUCAGACAAGGGAAGACAGAGACUGAUAAGGAGGAGACGACAAUGAAAUUACUGCCAUUUCAGAGGAUAAAGCAGCUUAUGGAUGAUUGAUAUGAAGAUCAGUUAAGGAGGAUAAUAUCACUUCUCAGCACAUCCCCACUCGGGAAGACCUCAGCUUUGCCUGCACGCAUUCCUGUUUGUCUGAUUUUGGUGUUUCCUCGAGUCCUGCUGGGAUGGGGGCAUGCUCAGAGAAAAGAUGGACUCACUGCAGCCCCAGUAAAGGUCACCACCCUCCAAAAGUCAUGACAUGGCCCUUGGCCCUGUGGCUAUUGACUCUAAUCUCCGUGAAUCAGAAGACGACUUUCGGACAGACGAUGAACUCCUUCCAAUCAGAGAGGAGGGAAUGGUCGUUGAACCAUCUGACGGUGCAUCAGUCCACGGGGGCGCUGUAUGUUGGAGCUGUCAACCGAAUCUACAAGUUGUCUGCUAAUCUCACACUCCUGGUGUCCCACGAUACGGGGCCAGAGUACGACAACAAGGCAUGUUACCCUCCACUGAUUGUCCAGCCUUGUUCGGAGCCAUUGGCCUCUACGGACAAUGUUAACAAACUCCUGCUAAUCGACUACUCUCACAAUCGGCUGCUGGCCUGCGGCAGCCUCUAUCAGGGCAUCUGUAAACUGAUGAGGCUUGAUGACUUGUUCAUCCUGGUGGAGCCCACGCAUAAGAAGGAGCACUAUCUGUCCAGUGACAACCAGACGGGGACGAUGUACGGGGUUGUCGUUCCCUCCCAGGGCCAGGAUGCUACGCUGUAUAUCGGCUCUGCUGUUGGCGGCAAACAGGAUUACUUCCCCACCAUCUCCAGCCGUAAACUCCCCCGUGAUCCAGAAUCCUCUGCCAUGCUGGACUACGAGCUUCACACCGAUUUUGUUUCGUCCCUAAUCAAAAUCCCUUCAGACACACUGGCCCUCGUUCCACACUUUGACAUUUACUACAUCUACGGCUUCUCCAGCGGAAGCUUCGUCUACUUCAUGACCGUCCAGCCGGAGACCCCGGAGAACGGGAUGCCCGCGGGCGGCUCCCCCGGCGACCUUUUUUACACAUCACGCAUCAUUCGCCUCUGCAAAGGCGACAAGAAGUUUCACUCGUACGUCUCGCUUCCCGUGGGGUGCGUGCACAAAGGCGAGGAGUACCGUCUGCUGCAGGCGGCUCACCUGUCCAAAGCCAGCAGGGCGCUGGCAAAGUCGCUCAACAUCAGCGCUCAGGAGGACGUGCUCCUUGCCGUGUUCUCCAAAGGGCAAAAGCAGUACCACGACCCUUCGGAUCAUUCGGCUCUCUGCAUUUUCACAAUCCAAGACAUCAACGCGCGCAUUAAAGAGCGGCUGCAGUCUUGCUACCAGGGAGAGGGAAAUCUGGAGCUGCACUGGUUGUUGGGGAAGGACGUGCAGUGCACCAAGGCGCCUGUGCCCAUAGACGAUCACUUCUGUGGCCUGGAUAUAAACCAACCCCUGGGAGGCUCCCAGCUGGUGUCAGGUCGAACAGUGUUCACCGAACGAAGGGACAGGCUGACCUCUGUCACUUCCUACAUCUACAACGGGCACAGUGUGGUCUUCCUGGGCACCAGGAGCGGGCAGCUAAAAAAGAUCAGGGUGGACGGCGCUCCGGAGGGAGGAGUGCUCUAUGAGACGCUGACUGUGAUGAAGGACAGCGUCAGCCCCGUCCUCCGGGACAUGGCCUUCUCCCUGGACAAGAACUCGCUCUACGUCAUGUCUGACAACCAGGUGGUCCAGGUCCCCGUGGAGGCCUGUGAGCAGUACAGCACRUGUGCCGAGUGCCUCAGCUCCGGUGAUCCGCACUGUGGCUGGUGUGUCCUGUACAACAUGUGCUCAAGGAAGGACCGGUGCCCGCGGGCGGAAGAGAGCUUCCGUUUUGCGAGCGACAUUGACCGCUGCGUGAAGGUUAUYGCUCACCCCGACAGCAUCGCUGUAUCAGCACACAGUGUCCCCUUGCUGCUGGAGGUGAAUAAUGUUCCUGACCUCUCUGCUGGAAUCACCUGUUCGUUUGGCCAGCAGGCCCAAGCUGAGGGUCACGUCAACGGUAACCGGGUCAUGUGUCUGUCCCCGGCUGGGAAAGAGGUGCCAAAGAUACCAGAGGGACAAGACUGGGCUGGCGUAGAGCUCCGUCUGAAUUCAAACGAGACCGGUCAAAUGGUUGCCAGCACCGAGGUGAAGUUCUACAACUGCAGCACGCAUCAAAUGUGUCUGUCUUGUGUAAACAGCACUUUUCGCUGCCACUGGUGUAAAUAUCGAAACCUUUGCACCCACGACCCAAGCAGCUGUUCUUUCCAGGAAGGCAGAGUCAACGCCUCCGAGGAUUGCCCGCAGCUUCUCAACUCUGGUGAAAUCCUCCUUCCUGCCGGUGAGGUUCGACCGAUCACCCUGAGGGCCCGAAACCUUCCCCAGCCGCAGUCGGGCCAGCGAGGCUACGAGUGUGUGGUCAAUGUCCACGGCGUCAGCCACCGUGUCACGGCGCUGCGCUUCAACAGCACCAGCGUGCAGUGCCAGAACAGCUCGUACAUGUACGAGGGUGGGAAGAUCAGUGACCUGGCAGURGACCUCUCCAUCGUAUGGAACGGCAACUUCAUCAUCGACAAUCCCGAGAAGAUUAAAGUGCAUCUCUACAAGUGCGGCGCCCAGAGGGACAGCUGCGGCAUGUGUCUGCGGGCGGAGCGCAAGUUCCAGUGCGGCUGGUGCAGCGGCGAGGGCCGGUGCACCAUGAGGCAACACUGCCCCCCCAUCUCCCCGUACGCGAGCCGGUGGCUGGACCUUUCUGCCAGGAAUGUCAAGUGUACCAACCCACGCAUCACUGAGGUGAGCCCAGUGGCRGGGCCUCUGGAGGGGGGCACGCUCRUCACUAUCCAGGGCCUGAACCUUGGCCUGUCUUUCUCCGAGCUGAAGGACAAUGUGGAGGUGGCAGGAGUGYCGUGCACUCCACAGGAGGACGGUUACAUCACUGCCGAGCAGAUUGUGUGCGAGAUGGCUGCGGCACCUGAAGGAAGCGCACCAGGUUCAGUUAAACUGUGUGUUGGUGAAUGUAGACCGGAGCUGAGCGCACAGUCCUCGCAGCUCUACUCCUUUGUGACCCCUAUCAUGUUGGCGCUGACCCCGAGCAGAGGGCCCGAAUCUGGGGGCACCAAGGUCACCAUUGUCGGGGAGAACCUGGGYGCCGGCAGCUCCGUUAACGUGAACUUCGGAAAUCAGACCUGUGAGCUGUACAGGAGGAGCAUGUCAGAGAUUGUGUGCUUCUCUGCUCCCUCGGUGACGGGAGCGGGACCAGUUCAAGUCAGUCUGAGUGUGGACCGGGCCAAAGCUCCAGGAAGCCUGGCCUUUGAGUACAUAGAAGACCCCACAGUCCAACGCAUCGAACCCCUCUGGAGCAUCACUAGCGGGCACACCACCCUGACAGUGACUGGGACAAACCUUGAUGUUGUUCAGGAACCUCGAGUCCGAGUCAAAUACGCUGGCCAUGAGUCUGUCAACGUGUGCAAAGUUUUGAACACAACCACCAUCAGCUGCUUCGCCCCGUCCCUGAAGGCCGAGUACACCACGGACCAGGAGACAAUAAAGCACGUGGAGGAGUUUGGCUUCGUCUUCAACAACGUUCAAGCUCUGCUAACGUACAACAACACGGGCUUCGUCUACUACCCCAACCCUUACCUGGAGCCCCUCAGCCUCUCAGGUGUUCUGGAGCAGAAACCCGGAGCUCCAAUCAUUCUCAAAGGACGUAACUUGGUGCCAUCUGCAUCUGGUGGAGCGAGGCUUAAUUACACGGUGCUGAUCGGAGACCUGCCCUGUUCUCUUACUGUGUCUGAUACUCAGUUACUCUGCGAGCCACCAAACCUCACAGGGCAACAYAAAGUCCUGGUCCAAGUAGGGGGACUUCACAUCUCUCCAGGAGAAGUUCACAUCCGAUCCGACAGCUUGCUGACCCUCCCUGCUAUCCUCAGCAUCACAGCUGGAGGCGGGCUGCUCCUCAUCAUCGUCAUCAUCGUCUUACUGGCCUACAGACGCAAGUCACAUGAGAAUGACCUGACUCUGAAACGCCUGCAGAUGCAGAUGGACAAUCUGGAGUCCAGAGUUGCUCUUGAGUGUAAAGAAGCCUUUGCAGAACUCCAGACAGACAUCAAUGAGUUAACCAGUGAUCUGGACAGAGCRGGCAUUCCCUUCUUGGACUAUCGCACUUACGCCAUGAGGGUUCUGUUCCCCGGCAUCGACGAUCACCCUGUGCUGAGAGAGCUGGAGGUGCCGGGGAGUGGACAGGCCAAUGUGGAGAAAGCCUUGAAGCAGUUUGCUCAGCUGGUGAAUAAUAAGGUUUUCCUGUUGACAUUCAUCCGGACGCUGGAGAUGCAGCGCUCCUUCUCCAUGCGUGACCGCGGCUACGUCGCUUCGCUCAUCAUGACAGCUCUGCAAGGGCGGCUGGAGUAYGCCACGGACAUCCUCAAGCACCUGCUCUCAGACCUCAUAGAGCGCAACCUGGAGAGCAAGAACCACCCCAAACUACUCCUCCGGAGAACAGAGUCGGUGGCAGAGAAGAUGCUGACAAAUUGGUUUGCCUUCUUGCUCCACAAAUUUCUCAAGGAGUGUGCUGGUGAGCCUCUCUUCAUGCUGUUCUGUGCCAUCAAACAGCAAAUGGAAAAGGGACCCAUAGACUCCAUCACAGGAGAGGCCCGCUAUUCCCUCAGUGAAGACAAACUCAUCCGCCAGCAGAUUGAAUACAAGACACUGACGCUGAGCUGCGUGAACCCCGACAAUGAGAACAGCCCAGAGAUCCCUGUCAAGGUGCUCAACUGUGACACCAUUACCCAGGUGAAAGAGAAGAUCCUGGAUGCCGUGUACAAGAACAUGCCGUGCUCACAGCGACCACGAGCCACAGACAUGGACCUGGAGUGGCGACAAGGCAGAACAGCGCGAGUGGUCCUGCAGGAUGAGGACAUCACAACAAAGAUAGAAGGCGACUGGAAGAGACUCAACACUCUCAUGCACUACCAGGUGUCUGACCGCUGCGUGGUGGCCCUGGUGCCCAAACAAAUGUCCUCCUUCAUCAUUCCUUCUUCUGCCAGCUUCCCACGCAGCAUCAGCAGAUAUGGUGUGGAUGUACCAUUCCGCUCCACGCCCACCAGCCCUGACAGCCCCCACUCCCGUGUGCCCAUGCUCACCCCGGACCUGGAGAGCGGCGUCAAAGUUUGGCACUUAGUCAAGAACCACGACCACGGGGACCAGAAGGAGGGCGAGCGCGGCAGCAAGAUGGUGUCCGAGAUCUACCUGACCAGGCUGCUGGCCACAAAGGGCACUCUGCAGAAGUUUGUGGACGACCUGUUUGAGACCCUGUUCAGCACUGUGUGCCGAGGCACUGCCUUGCCUCUCGCCAUCAAAUACAUGUUUGACUUCCUCGAUGAGCAGGCGGACAGGCACAGCAUCCACGACAUGGACGUCCGCCACACGUGGAAGAGCAACUGCCUACCGCUGCGCUUCUGGGUAAAUGUAAUCAAGAAUCCCCAGUUUGUGUUUGACAUCCACAAAAGCAGCAUCACGGACGCCUGUCUGUCUGUGGUGGCGCAGACGUUCAUGGACUCCUGCUCAACAUCCGAGCACCGUUUGGGCAAAGACUCCCCGUCCACCAAACUACUCUAUGCCAAGGACAUACCGCAUUACAAAAGCUGGGUAGAAAGGUACUACGCUGACAUCAACCGCCUACCUGCCAUCAGUGAUCAGGAUAUGAAUGCCUAUCUGGCUGAACAGGCUCGCCUCCACUCCAGUGAGUUCAACGUGCUCAGUGCCCUCCAUGAGAUCUWCGCUUACGUCAGCAAGUACAGCCAAGAG